CACAAUGAGAGCAUUCGUCUGUGUGGUAUUUAAAACUUUAUUUAAUUAAAAUGGUGGAGAAAGAAAAGGAGGGGGAGACAAGUUAAAAGGGGCUCGGAUAGAGACUCACUGCAACAGUCGAUCGGUGAACAGCAAGAUCAAAUGUACGAGGAAAGCAUGAAUUACUACGUUCCGAUUCCAGAGGAUAAAUCGUGUGAGAGACCUACUUCAUCUCAUACCAUGAGACCUCGGUACACGCCUCGUAUAUUGGGAAGGAGGUUUGCACUGACAUCAACAGCUUUCAAAUAUCUGGAUAUUGGAAUUACCGUGGGACCUGUGUCCUCUGUAGAGCUGCUUAUUGGUGACAACCGAGGAAAUCAGAUAGUUCUGCCUUAUGCUACUUGGAAAGCGUUUAUCGAGAGACGUGCCGACAUCGAACAAUUGUUGCAGUCUGCUGAGAUAUCAUCGCUAAAGGUUCAUGAUUUGAUUGUGCAACUUGUAAAAAUGUACGAGUCGAAUACUUUUGGCCAGUGUAAGAAGCAUCACAGUCCAAACAAGAAAUUUUAUAUACCACGUCUUGGUGGCACAUAG